UUUCCUGUUUCGUCAUUUUUGAAAAUGAGAUUAAUUAUUAAUUGCGUCGUUGUUUUACUGUUGUAGUGCAUUGCGUUUUUGAGUUUUGCGUUGUAGUGUAUAUAUAUUUAUAAUAUUUGCGUCGUCGUAAUAAUAUAAGAAAACACAGUGUAGUUGGAUUGUACUUAUCUAGUUAGGUAUCUAACUGAUUGCUUAGUUAGUUAGAACAUCUUGGUCAGGUAAGGGUUGGAUUCGUUUUUUUGUGCACCCUUGUUUAUAGGUGGGCCAUCUUGGGGACAGUGCAUCCCAUCCCGGCGAUGUAGGUCCCGGCGACGUACACCCCGGCACCAAUUUUCCGGCUUCAAGCCAUCCCGGCGAACAUUACCAUACCGGCAUCGAUCAUCCCGACGAUUUAUACCCGGCGACGACCCAUUCCGGCGAUGACCCAUCCCGGCGACGGCCCAUCCCGUUAGAUUACACAAUUUGUAAACCGUGCAGUAAUUAGUUCAAAUUCUUCCUGUAGUUAUUCUCCAACAUGAUGGACGAGCUUCAGAACUUAGAUUUAGAGCAGUUUCUCAGGACUAGAGGAGUUUCAGAGGAGAUAAUAAGUAAAUUCAAAUCGGAAAAUAUUGAUAUUGUGGCUGUGCAGGUAAUGCAUGAAGAUGAAUUUAAAGAACUUAUUCCGAAGAGCGGGGACAGAGCAGCCCUUAAAGAAUUUAGUAGACGAAAAUUAGCACCCAGGAAACAAAGUUUAAUUGAAAAAUUAAAAGAUAAAAUAGCAAAAGCGAAUAAUACAAAUCUAGCUCAAACUCCAACCUUAAAACAUAAAAGAAAAGCAACAAGAGUUGUACAAGUUGGAUGGAUGAAUUUUAAUGAGCAGAAUAAAAAGUUUCAGCAAGUUAGGCUUAAUAAAGGAGGAGGAACUAGAAGUAUAAGUGUUGAUAGAGAUUGCCAGGUGAAAAUGAUUUUAGAAAAAGCGAUUGAGAUAUUUUUUCCUAAUGGAAUUUCUCCCAGUGGACCGGUAAAUAGUUUUGAGUUCAAACUACUUGAUUUUAAACAACAUGAAAUAGACCACAAUAUGAGAAUUCAAGACAUGUUUGAAGUUACUGGUUUAAGUAAAUUAAGGUUUUAUUUGGCAAGCACCAGUUCCAAAAUUUGGUGUAGUUCGACUAACAAUAAUAUACCGUCUUCUUCAUUGCCAAUAACAGUAGAAUCAGACGACGAUGUAGCGGUGUCGUCGCCAACUCAUGCUUCUAACACUGAAUUUCUAGCUCCAAAUGCAGAAGAUGAAUGGAUAAUGUUUUCUGAUCGUUUAAGUCCAGAUCUUCCAUUAGAAAACACACAAUCUAGUACAGUAUUGCAAAGUCAUUGCAGUUUACCUGACACAAAUGAGUUGACUGUGUUAGUAAAUUCUAUUUUGGACAGUUGCGACAAAAAUUCUACUUCAACAGCAGAUAACGAAGUAGCAAAUAGAAAUAAAUUCAUGGAAGUAGAUUACGAGGAUCCAACAGAUAUUGAAGAAUUGUUAAUGAAAAUAAAUAAACUAAUAAACAGUUCUGUUAUCAACAAGGUAAAUGUUUGUCGUGAACAGGUGUUUCAAGGUUUUGUGCGAUCAGUACGAAGACCAAGAUUCUCUGAAUUUAAUAAAUUUUCUGUGAAAUUUGCUGAUGUUGAAGGAAUUGCAGAAGGUGCUAUAGAUGAGGGUGGCCCUACCAGAGAAAUGUUUCGAAUAGCUUUGCAAGAAGUACAAAAUAGUUCAAUGUUUACAGGUAGGACACAAAAGCACUUGUGUCUAUCUGACAAACAUCUGAACAAAAACGAGUAUUUUGAGGUUGGAAGGUUGAUAAGUUUGUCUCUAGUACAUGGUGGACCAGGUCCUAGGUUCUUUUGUGAUACAUUAUUUGGUCUUAUUGCUAACAUAAAAGUGCAGCCGACUUUAGAGGAUGUAAUUCCAGAAAUUCAAGUUGAACUUGCUCAGCUCAAAGAUGCGACAGAGCUGAGUGUCAUGCAAGAUGUCGUACUAUCUAGCAAUGUGUUUUCUAUUGCUGGCUUUAAGUUUGUAAAGAAAGCCGAGGACAAAUUGGACAUCAUAAAUGGAACUUUAAAAUUUUAUGCCGUCAAUGUUAUUCAUGAAGCGUUGGGACAGCUUCUAAAUGGUCUAAAAACUUGCAACAUACUAGAACAUAUUCGCCAAUAUCCGAACUUGUUCAAAGAUAUUAUGUGCAGUAAACCAUCUCUAACUGCAGAGCGUUUAGAAAAUCUUCUACUCCCAGAAUGGAGUGAAGCUGGAUCAAAUAGAAGACAUAUUGAGAAUCGUGUCAUUACCUACUUUAGAGAUUAUAUCAUAGAUUGCGAGGAUUCAGAAUUGAUUUCUUUAAACGAAAUUUUGGCGUUUGCGACUGGUUUAGAUUCCAUACCUCCUCUGGGUUUCCAAAUCAGCCCCAAAAUAAUAUUUUUACAUGACGAACCAGCAUGUAAAUUUCCAAAAGCAAACACCUGCAGUAUAGAAUUGAAAUUACCAGUAUGUCAUAAUAAUUAUGAUGAUUUCAAGUUGGACAUGGAUUUUGGUAUUGGCAAUGCAGUGGGUUUUGGUUUUGCAUGAGUUUGUAGGGGUAAUUAAGUUCUUAAAAUAACUAUUUUGAUUAUAUUUUCAGUAGUUGUAACAUAGUAGUUUACUACCUUACUACUUGUAAUAUAAAAUGUAUAACAUUUUGAAUUAUUUUGUAUUAUUACAAACUAUGAGACUACAUUUUUUGUUUUAUA